CGAACGGUUCCAUCCAUGGCACGCUGAGAGCGGGGCCCCUGACACUUUGCAACCCUAAUUGGAGCGGAAGGUCAACUCAAAAACCCUUCCGAAUACUUUGUAAAGGCAAACACGGCGCUCGAUUCGACACCUUAAACGCAGGGCGUCCACUUUAGCCUUGGCCUUGGCUACCGCCAAGCUUGCCGAUCCGUUUCCGAUCCACACUCAACGCGCCCUUCGAUGAAACUCUUGAGGGGGUGCUUAGAGUAAGGCGGUGCAAAGCAAGGCCGAACGAAGAGCGGGAAUUACGGCCAUUAUGCCUCCUCGUGUGGACAGAAAUCUGGCGAAAACUCGGCCGUCGCGACUUCCGAACUCCAUUUACGGAGGUCGGCGAUUCGAGCCACGCUCGUCAUCAAUCGCUCUCUCCUUCUCGGGCGCGAAGCGUCAUGGUCCGUCUUCCGCGCGGCGUUGGAUAUGGUAUUGGCUCGGUGGGGCCGGGAUCGCGAUCCUUCACGGCUACGACGGCGCGAACCCUGUGCAUUCGGGGCGGGAUUCGGCGGCUGAGGAAGCACUUGCAUCAUGGCCAAAAGAACGGAAAACGUUUAUGGCCGAAUUCAGAUCAGGUCCCAUUUGGUAAACCGCGUGGCUUCUUCGGCGGUUGAGCUGACUUGGGCGGACUUAUUAUCUCCGAUGUGAGCGCCAGGCCUGAUUGAGGAUUCCACGCCACACUAAAAGCUAGAU